CGCGUGAAACUCUUCCCGCGCAGAUCACAGAUCAGUUGUACAGCAGCGUCAGGCAUUGCACGAGUGGGUUGUACGCCUUAGGCGUGAAACAUCGCAAAUUGACAUAAGCACACGAUACACUGAAGCAUGCCUCCUCGAAAUCUCCUCAUUUGCUUCGAUGCUUUUGGCACAUUGUUCAAGCCUAGACAUUCUAUUGCACAACAAUACGGCGACGUCGCUCGAUCAUUUGGCUUGAGCGGUUUCACCAAUGAGGACGUAAACAGUUCUUUCAAAGCAGCGUUCAAGAAAGAAUUAAAGCAGAACCCGAAUUAUGGUAAAGCGAAUGGCAUGAAUCCCGAGAAGUGGUGGACGAAUAUCAUCACAAACACUUUCAAACCUCUCAUUCCGCCCGAGCGAAGUAUACCCAAUGGCAUGGUGUCCAAACUCCUCCACCGCUUCUGGCGCGACGAAGGCUAUACACUUUUCGAAGAUGUCCAACCUCUUAUCAGAAAACUCCGCGAAGCACACAAAGCAGAGAACACUCGCGUCGUGAUUGGCGUGAUAACCAAUUCUGAUGAUCGCGUGCCGGAUAUAUUGACUUCAUUCGGGCUGAAAGUCAGUCCGCUUCGAUAUGGUGGGCAUUAUGCGAAGUCUUCUGUUACGGCCGAAGUUGGACAGUACGAUAUUGACUUUUCUGUCAUGUCGUACGAUGUUGGACAUGAGAAGCCUGAUAAGAGGAUUUUUGAAGCUGCAGAGGAGGUGCUUCAAACUUCUUUGCUGAGAGCUGAGGACGGGGAGUCGGUAGAGUGGCGGAAAGUGUAUGUUGGCGAUGAGUAUGAGAAGGAUGUCGUUGGUGCGCUGAACGCGGGCUGGAAUGCUGUAUUGAUCGAUCGAGAGACUGCCGGACAACGGCUGGAUCUAGAGUGGCUCGAUGAAAAGCCUGUGGCGAGUUUGUUUGAGGUCUUCCAACACUCAAGAGCUGUCGGGUUCAGUAGUCUGGAUAAGCUGGCGCAGUGGCUGCCCUCGAAAUGAGGUUAUUCGAGGCAUAAAGUUGAGCGCUGGCUCUGUUUGAACUCCACUUCACGUAUCGGGAACGUGACGCAAGGCCAGAAUAUCAGCGAGUUUCAGCUUGUUCUUUUCC